AGUUACCUACACACACUUCAGAUCCUCUAUCUAACACGCGACUGCGCUUCAGAGUGAAAAAGAUUUUCUUUAUUACCUGCAGAACAAUGUUACUAUGGCGUUUCGUCAGACAAGGAAUUUGCAUCUGGGACUUUGUUUCAUCAUGUUUCUAUUAACUUUUGGAGAUUGUACCAAGUCAUAUGAAAGAAAUAUUCCACACCAGAUGAACAGAACGGCUUCUCAGGGGGAAACUGUUACUUUACACUGCAAUGGAACUCGAGAUAAUAUAAGAGAUUUUACUUGGCAUAAGGACGGGAAUCUUCUUUUUAACUACAGCCCAACAAAGAACAGUACUACCACAAACUACACAUCACGUAGGAUGCAGGUCGACCCCACAGAUCCCAGAAAACUACAGAUAUCUGAUGUACAACCUUCAGAUGCAGGAUUAUACACAUGUUUUCCACCAAAAUUACAAUGGAUAUUAACCAUAGAAGGUCUGAAGAGUGAGUCCAAACCAAUCCCACUCUAUAUAGUUUUCUCGGUUACUGGAGCUGUUGCACUGUGUCUCUUUAUCUUCUGUGCUGUUUGUCUUCACUGGAAAUGGAAAAAGAAAGUGGACUUUAAUCACACAGACAACAACAGAGAUGAGCCUCAAAUGCAAGGAAGAAGAAUGAACCGUACUCAGGACAGCCAAUAUUUUGAGAGAUUCAACUCAGUAUAUGGACAAUUCAAAGAUCCUUGAUACAAGAACAAUACAGAAUUUCUUGCAUGGACAAGACAGUGGACUUGGCCCACAAAGAACUUCAAGCAAACCAAAGUCUUCAACAGAAAGAUUGUAUCAAACAGUUUACAGCUAUCCAUUCAGGAAAUUCUAUAAUUAUUUAAUGUACAGUUUGUGUAAUAAUGCUUAAAUUUAUGCUUAAAUGAGUAAAUUUUUUUUAAAUGCA